UCCUGCAGAGCGAGAGGAGCUUCAGCCCCAGUCAACAUGCAGAUUCACAGAUACAGCCCUGGAAACAGGACGGCUCCAGUCUCGCAGUGAUGCAUCGUCUGCCCGUCCCACUGAACCAUUCAACUGUAAACAAGGCAACAUCGUCAGGGAAACCAUGAGCUCGGACAGCGUCUUCAAACCGGAGAUGGAGUCGGACCCUCAGGGCGAGCUUGCCGACAUGGUGGCGUCUAUGAACACCACCGCCAACCGCCUGACCCCUCCUAACGGCUGCAGGUCAGGAGCGCCCAGGUCUACCGUGGGCCAAAAGGCCCGCCUCACAGACAGGAAGAUGUCUCUGCAGGAGAGGGGGAGCCGCGUGGCCCGGCAGCCCACCAUCGAGACCAAACGGGUUUCCAUCACUGAUGCCGACGACUGUCUCCAGCUCAACCAGUAUAAACUGAAGAAAGAGAUUGGGAAGGGCUCUUAUGGAGUGGUGAAACUAGCCUAUAAUGAAGAUUCUGAACAGUACUACGCAAUGAAGGUAGUGUCAAAGAAGAAGCUGAUGAGGCUGUGUGGAUUUUUGCGUCGCCCGCCUCCUCAGGGGUCAAACUCUCAGCAGGAUCUGUUCCCCAAAUUCAUGCAGCCUCUGGAGAGAGUGUACAGAGAGAUCGCCAUCCUCAAGAAGCUGGACCAUCCGAACGUAGUUAAACUGGUAGAGGUGCUUGAUGACCCUGAUGAAGAUGGACUUCACAUGGCCUUCGAACUAAUGAAAGAGGGGCCGGUGAUAGAAGUGCCCACAGACAACCCGUUGACCGAGGACCAGGCUCGCUUCUACUUCAGAGACGUCGUCCUGGGAAUAGAGUACUUGCACUACCAUAAGAUCAUCCACCGAGACAUCAAACCCUCCAACCUCCUGCUGGGGGACGAUGGUCACGUCAAGAUCGCAGACUUUGGCGUCAGUAACGAGUUUGAGGGCCACGACGCCCUCCUGUCCAGCACGGCGGGGACGCCGGCCUUCAUGGCUCCUGAGAUGAUGAGCGAGCUCCAGCAGAGCUUCAGCGGGAAGGCGUUGGACGUGUGGGCGAUGGGGGUCACGCUGUACUGCUUUGUCUUCGGGGAGUGCCCAUUUUAUGAUGAGUACAUCUAUUCUUUGCACAACAAGAUCAAGAAUAAACCUGUGGAGUUUCCAGAAACCCCUUCAAUAAGCAGUGAGUUGAGGGAUCUCAUUGAAAGAAUGCUGGAUAAAAACCCUGCAACCAGAAUCACCAUCCCUGAAAUAAAGCUCCAUCCGUGGGUGACGGAGAACGGCUCCAGUCCUCUCCCUCUGGAGGAGGAGCACUGCAAGGCGGUGGAGGUCACCGACGAGGAGGUGCAGAACAGCGUGAAGCUCAUCCCCAGCCUGUCCGCUGUGAUUCUGGUGAAGUCCAUGCUGAGGAAGCGCUCUUUCAGUAAUCCCUUUGAGUGUCAGGGCAGACGGGCAGAGAGGUCCAUGUCUGCCCCCGGAGGUCUUCUUACGGGACUUUUGGGCUUACUGGGGUCUUCGUCUCAUCCGUCUUCGAGGAAAAUCAGCAGAGAAGGGAGCAGAGAAGGAGAGCUGGAGGACUUGUACGAGGACGAAUCCUUCAUCGAGAGCAACGAUUAAAGUGACGCGUUUAGAUUAAAGCAGCAGGGAGGCGGAAAAGAUGAGUUUUUGCACCUUUCUUUUGUCCUUUUUCAUUUCCUCGCAUUUCCUCUUGUUCCGUUCUCGCUGUGCUCACCUGCCGACUGUUCUUUUCCACCUCUGUGCAGAGGACCUUGAGAUUAUAUUAGUUUUGAACUAAAACACUAGUUGUGAUGUCAUUCUGUCCACUGUGCUUGUUUGCUGCUGUUUUUCUGUCCCACCUGGCUUGCAUGUCACUUUUAUGGAUAGAGUCACAAUGUAAAUAUCAUCCAAAAAAGCAUUUUUAUGUUUUCCUACAGCAUCUUAAAAAAAUAAAAUAAAAGUCAUUAUAUUCAAGCAGGGUUUGAAUAUUUGGUUGUGUGUAAAGGCAGCAGCCAAAACUGUAAUGUUUAAUAUCGAACACCAGAAGGCAGCAUUUUGUAACUUUUGUUAUUUAUGACAUAUUUUUCAUUUUGUAUCUUUUCUUAAAGGAUUCUAAUAUUUAAAGUCACUGAUUUUCUAAAGCAUAAAUAUAUAUAAAACAGCAAGCAUCAGCUCUCCUGAAGUUCCUUAGAGCAGGAAAUUCCAGGGUUUCCUGAUAGAAAAAUGCAAAAUUAUAAUGAGAUUAUUUCCCCAAGUAACUUCAUAAUUAUCUUCAAAUUUAAAAUCAAGAAUCUGUUAGGAGGAAAACAAAGAAAACGGUGAAAUUAUUUAGCAUAAAAGUCCACUUCUGGAAGCGAAGGCUUUGUUGAAACACAUUUUGAUUAAACUCCAGCAGUAAACCCUCCUGGGUGCAAACCCAACUUCAAUUAUGGUUAAUCUUGUUAAACAAAGUUCAGCUAUCCUUGUAGGAUUCUCUUGACAUUUCUACAUUUAAAACCUUCAGCUGCAGCCAGACUAUGCAGAAAGAUUUUGAAAAAGUAUAUUUCAAAAAUGAUCUCAUUCUGCAAAGGUAGCUGUCAGGAGAAGGACAGUUUCUUCACAAAUUACAAAAAGCAAAAACUUGUGAGGAAUCUGUUAAGAAGGAGCGCUGAAAGUGGUGCCGGGAUGUUUGCUGAGUACCGGGCCCAACUUCUGACAUUAGUCUUCUAUAUUUUCCAUAUUUUUGGACAAACAAAUACAUUUGAAUAUGCAAAACAAAGCUUUUUACUCCAAAUAAAACAUAUAGUUUUGUCUAGAAUGACAUGGUCUGACGGAACCAAGUUGGAAAUUUUGGGCCAAGAUUAAAUUUGACUGAAAUAUACCAGCGCAUCACCAACAGGAACACGAUUAUACCCAGAGUGAAACGAGGUGUUGGCAGCAUCAGGCUCUGAGUUUAGAAAACUCAGGAUGGAGGAGAGAGGGAUUUAGCCUUUUUGUUCAAACCUAAUUCCAAAUCCGCUUCACUAGAUAACCAGUAAAGGUUUGGAAAGGCCAAGCGAGAGUCCAGAACUAAAAGUCAGAAAACCUCUUCAGGUUCACCUGAACAGCAAUCUGAGAGAUUUGGAGAGUUUUUGUAAGAUAGAGUGAAAUUAAAUGUUUCCUAUGAAUAUUAUACCAAAAGUCGGUUCAACAAAUAAUUUCUUUAAAGGUGUGCACGUUUAUUUAAACAAGUUAUUGCAGCAUUUUCUUCACGUCGCAUUAAAAGCCUUAAAGUCAUUUAUUAUUUUUAUUUCUUUUUAGGUUAGAAACGGAGUCAGGUGUUGCAUGAAUGCCGCUCUGGGCGUCCAAACGUUUCAUACACAGCUUUUCACUAUAAAGCCACAGCAGUAGAGUCCAGUCUUAACAUAAAAAGGUAUUUUUUAUUUCAUCUGGUACUUUUGUGUCGCCCAUUUCUAAUGCCACCCUGGGCAUCCGCCCUAGUUUCACAUAUAAAAAAGAAUCUUGACUUUUUAAUGCUUUUGAAAGGUAUAUGUAUGAAAUACAAUAAACAAUAAACUCCUUUUUGUGAGCGUGUAGUUGAAAAUACAAAUUUUCAGUAAGUAAAAACUUGCAAAUUAGCUUAUUGCAAGCAUAAACUGUGAUUUAUUAGUAGACAGAAAUAACUCUCUGUUCAGAGUUCUGCUGUCUGACCCAUUUAUAUGAAUCUAUUGUCAUCAUCAAAGUAUCUUUGAUCUAAUGCACUUAUUCAUACUCCUUUGAUUAUCCUGCAAAAAUAGACGCUUCAGCUCUGAGAACUGAGAGGAAGCAUGAUGCAGCAUUAUGUGAAAUCCUUUAGCAAUCCAGUGCAAGCAUUAUCCCAGCACAGUCUGUCCUGAUCAGCACUAAAAUCACAUUGAUCAUUGUGAGCUGAACUUCUGGAAAGUGCACUGGUAUUUAUUUUUUUUUUCUAAGGUUGUGCAGUUUGUAAAAGAUUGUCUCUGAUGAGAAUAUAGUAUGUGGAAGUUAUAAAGAUAUUUCUGGUAUCACAGAAAUGAUUUAGUAAUCAGUUCAUUUAUACCCUUUUCAAAUCCGGUGUGUUUUUCUAACAUAUUUUGACAAAUGGGUGUUUAAUAUGACUUUUAUAUUGAACUCAAGUAAAGUAACCAAACAUUCAAAACUGAACAAAAACAAUGCAGAACAACAAAAAAAAAACAAAAAAAAUAAUUUGUGAUGAGAAAUCAAUGGCGACGCGCCUGCAUUAUUCCCACAUAAGUGAAUAAAAUUGCACAGCAUCAUAUUACUUUAGGAUCUUCACUAUCCUGUCUCGGCAUUUUGAAGGAAGUUUAAUACUUACACAUGUGACUCAAACACAAUUAUGUUUCUGUUGUUUAUGUGUGAUUAAAACACUCUCUUCAUUCAUCCAUUAUCUGAAUUAUCUCAAUUUUCUUUUUCCAGAAAUAAAAAAAAUGAGACA